CCGUCAACUAUGGCCGGCACCACGGCAGGCAGGCCACGAAAGAAAUGUGGCAGCGCGUUUCGCUUAGUACCGACUUAGGCUGCUCUAAGUGGCGGUCGUGUGAACGCCGGUGUCCGCCGUCGCACUUUCACGCAGGAGCAGGGACCACCAGGACGCAUCAGAGGCCCGCGCAGAGGGUCUGUCGCAGCCUGCGAACGCGACAACGACGGUGGCAGCGGCGGCGGCGGCGACGGCGACGGCGACGGUGACGAUCACGACAACGACGACUCUCAGUGGUGACAGUGUGACAGAGCGCGCGCACGGCGAGCCGGGUCUGAAACGACGGCGGGCCCACUUGAGAUCGACGAUUUUUUUCGCGGUGCGACGCGGCGACACGUGAUCGUCAAUCGUAGUACGUGUGCGAUUCAACGUGCAGAGGAAAAAAAAAGAGAGACGAUCGCGUCGCGCGAUACGAUUAUCCUUACCGCGCGCGCGCGUGCGUGCGUGCGUGCGUGCGUGCCUGCCUUGCUUGCUGCCUGCCUGUGCCUUUCGCGCCCUCGCCUGGCCACAACGUUUUCGAGCCACAGCAGCGGAGCGAGCGAGAGGCAGCGCGAGAACGAGGUGGAGUGAGACAGAGAGAGACGUAUUUACGUUAUACCUCGCGAGUAACCUAAAAACCGAUCUGCGCUCCGGCGGCGUAUAUCGUGAAUAUCGUGAUAUAUCGGCAGAGAACGCGCGUGCGCAUGCGCGUCGCGGCUCGCUGUCCUCGUGCGCGAAUUUCGAGCGAGGCGCGGGGCUCACGUGUCAUCGUUAGGCGAAGCCGCGAACCACGGACAGUAGUGUUAGUGUGAACAAGUGAUUUCCUAUAGAGGUGUUGCGAUUUAUUCGGGUAGUGUGUGCGAGAGGAUACGCGCGCAUCGUUCGUUACGCGAUCGGUUCGAAUUUGCGACAUUAAAAGGAGGAAUUUCCGUGCAAACGAGGCCACCGUCAUCCGAUUUGGAGCCACAGAUCUCCCGCCCGUUUUUCUCUUCUUCCGAAGAAAGGCCCGACGACGAGUUGGAACGUCGCGAGUCGCAUUCCUCCGAGAGCGGUUAGGAUUUUCCAGUGAACCCGCUCGAGAGAGAUCAGUAACGAGAGAUCGAUGAGGAACUGAAAGAUCUAUUCACAGAGAGAGAGAGAGAGAGAGAGAGAGAGAGAGAGAGAGAGAGAGAGAGAGAGGGGGCGAAAAAGCGAGUUCAGAAAAUUGUAAUCGCACGUGGCGGGCGAAUGCAUGACGGAUCAUGGUUUCCGUGUCCGGACCCAUAUCCACGGGGAUCCUAGCGGGACGCCCUUCUGGAUCGCCGGGCCCGCGGCAGAAUGGUGACGCGGCGGAGAGCGAGAAGGAACGCAAGGCGGAACGCGACAAAAUCCGGCAUGAGUCAGAUCUUUAUGUCAGACCCAGCUGGACGGAUGCCGCGAUAGCGUUGGAUCAGCUCGAGAAGGGUAAGGCGGAUGGUCAGAGAUCAGUGGUAUGGCUCAGGGCACGGCUACAGGAUCAGCUGAGCCAGUUGGGCUACUUCCUACAGAGGCAUGCGGGAAAGGUGCUCUUCGUGGCCGUCCUCGCAUUGGCGAUCCUCUGCGUUGCCCUCAAGUCUGCGCAAGUCAACAGCAAGGUCGAACAACUGUGGGUGCAGGAAGGAGGUAGGUUACAAAGGGAGCUUACCUACGCGUCGGAAGUGCUUGGUGAGGCAACCACCUCGACGCACCAGCUCGUCAUCCAGACGCCAAAGCAUGCCGGAGCAAAUAUUCUGUACGCGGACGCGCUCAGGGAACACUUGAUGGUGCUGGAGGCUGCGAUGAAUGUGGAGGUGCACCUGUUCGAUAUCACGUGGAAGCUGAAGGACUUGUGUUACGCGCCGAGCAUACCCAACUUCGACUUGCACUACAUCGACCAGAUCUUCGACAGUAUUAUCCCUUGCGCCAUCAUCACACCACUCGACUGUUUCUGGGAAGGUAGUAAACUUUUGGGUCCGGAGUUUCCAGUUCACAUACCAGGUUUAAAAAGCCACAGACGCGUCAAGUGGACGAAUCUGAAUCCCUCUGCAUUGUUGGAAGAGGUAAAAAGCUUCCUAGUCUCGUUUCCCUUUAAAACACUCGAGGACUACAUGAAAAGGGCUGGAAUAACGAACGGCUAUCAGAGCAGGCCUUGUCUGAAUCCAGAGGAUCCAGAAUGCCCGGAAACCGCACCGAACAAACAAUCGUUAAAGGUACCUGAUAUAGGAGCCGAACUGACAGGUGGCUGCUAUGGGUUCGCGGCCAAAUACAUGCAUUGGCCGGAGGAGCUGAUAGUCGGCGGCGCCAAACAUAACAAGACGGGUCAUUUGACUCGAGCGGCCGCCCUACAAACUGUGGUGCAACUGAUGGGCGAACGCGAGCUGUACGAUUUCCUGGCGAACACAUACAGAGUCCACCAUAUCGAUUGGACGCAGGAGAAAGCGGCUAAGGUUCUAGAGACUUGGCAGAGAAUAUUCAGCAACGAGGUGAAGAGGCUGGUGGAGAUGAACGGAUCAGCGCCAUAUAAUCUGUACGCUUUCAGUACGACAACCAUGAAUGACAUCCUCAGGACGUAUAGCAAAGUAUCCAUCGGAAAGAUCGUGACCGGUGGCGUGAUUAUGUUGAUGUAUGCUGCUGUAACUCUCUAUCGUUGGAAAGAUACGGUACGUUCGCAGGCCGGGGUGGGAAUGGCUGGCGUAAUACUGAUUUGCGCUACAGUAGCCGCGGCAUUAGGUUUCUGCGCUCUUCUGGGAAUUCCGUUUAAUGCCACUACGACGCAAAUAGUGCCAUUUCUUGCCCUUGGUCUGGGCGUGCACGACAUGUUCCUAAUGACGCAUACGUAUGCUGAACUGUCGAUAAACGAAGUGCCCAACAGUGAGCAAACAGGAGUCGUUCUCAAGCGAAUUGGUCUGUCAGUAUUGUUGACAGGCCUUACCAAUGUUGCAACUUUUUUCGCAGCGGCGAUAAUUCCGAUCCCGGCCCUUCGAACGUUCUGCAUGCAAGCCGCUAUUGUACUUUUAUUCAAUCUGGCCGCUAUGCUGCUGAUAUUCCCUGCAAUGGUCAGCCUGGAUCUGCGACGUAGGCGUUCCGGCAGGAGGGACAUUCUCUGCUGUUGUUUACCGGCAUUAUCUAGUCGCAAGAAGAAUAGGUAUUCCGUAAGAUACAACAGCACGGUCAAACAGACAGUUACCAGAGCGAUACCGCCUGAGAGGCGAGAAACCUGCACGCAAAUCUUGACACCACAAAAUACGCAGAACGAAUCUUGGAUAGGUGGAAAUAUCAUCAACAUGGAGCUGGAUAAACAGUGCACUGAAGAGGAUACGCUGACCGGCUGUUCGCAAGAUGAUUGUUUGAGUUUCUCCCUGACGCAAUUUGCGUCUCGACAUUACGCAUCCUUUAUCACUCGACGGACUACUAAAGUGUUCGGCAUGAUUUCCCUGAUCGUCGUGCUGGGCGGUAGCCUGUUUGGAGCAGCACGCUUACGUGACGGUUUGGAUUUGACCGAUUUGGUGCCGCAGAACUCGAACGAGCACGCAUUCUUGUCUGCCCAGGCGAAACAUUUCGGCUUCUACAAUAUGUACGCGAUCACCGGCCGAGAUUUCGAAUAUCCAAAUAAUCAACGAUUGUUGCAUGAGUAUCACGACGCUUUCAUGCGAAUCAAAAACGUUAUUAAGAAUGACAAUGGUGGUCUGCCUGAAUUCUGGCUUGGUUUAUUCCGUGACUGGUUAAAGGGCCUGCAGACAGCGUUUGACAAAGACUACCACAGCGGCUGCAUAACUCAGGAGAGAUGGUUCCAGAACGCGAGCGAUGAGGCAAUCCUGGCAUACAAACUGCUUGUACAAACCGGUCAUGUGGACAAUCCGAUUGACAAGACACUAAUUACUCAGGUGCGACUGGUUGAUUCGGAGGGUAUCAUUAAUCCACGCGCUUUCUAUAAUUAUCUGAGCGCAUGGGCGUCCAACGACGCGCUUGCUUAUGGUGCUUCUCAAGCGAAUCUAAGGCCUGAACCACGCCAGUGGAUCUAUAGUAAUGACCAUGAACUCAAGAUCCCUAAGAGCAUGCCACUUACGUAUGCACAGAUGCCGUUUUAUUUGCACAGACUUACAAAUACGCAAGAUAUCACAGAGUUAAUCGGUAACGUCCGACAACUAUGCAAAAAAUUUGAGGAACGCGGUCUACCAAAUUUUCCAUCUGGUAUACCAUUCCUCUUCUGGGAACAGUAUAUGGAUCUAAGGUUCUCUAUGAGUAUCGCUCUCAUGGCCGCGUUGACUGUGAGCAUCCUCGUGGUUGCACUGCUUGUGUUAAAUAUAUGGGCUGCUGUGCUAGUUGGUGUUGCUCUUCUUGGUAUUAUCACGCAACUGCUAGGCAUUAUGGGCGUAUUCGGCGUCAAGUUAAGUGCAGUACCUGCCGUCCUGCUGGUGGUUAGCGUGGGCAUAGCUGUUCAUUUCAUGGUACACAUCUGCCUAAGUUUUGUCACCAGUGUGGGCAGCAGAGAUCGCAGGAUGCGCUUAGCUCUGGAACACAUGUUCGCUCCGGUUGUCCAUAGUGCGUUCACCACGCUGCUGGCCGUAGUGAUGCUCGCGUUCUCGGAGUUUAAUUUCAUAGUCAAUUAUUUUUUCUUCGUGUUAUUCUGCGUGGUUGGCAUCAGUCUUGUGAAUGGUGUUUUCUUUUUCCCCAUUUUGUUGUCUCUGGUCGGUCCAUCAGCGGAAGUAGUCCCGAACGACCAUCCAGAUCGUAUAGCCACGCCAACGCCGCCGGCGUCGCCUAUCGUGAGAAGAUCCAAACCGCCUACACCACCGAGAAGAUCUCACAAAAUCGAUGCCCGGUUGCAUGCCGAGCCAUCACUCACGACCAUAAGCGAGGAGCCUAACUCAUGGCACAGCACGCAAGAGUCUUGUAUUAUUGUUCACCCGGAACUCAAAGUGGAGACCACAUCGACAUGUGGCAAUCAGAACUGUAGCGGAUCGGAUACGAGUGGGUCUAGUCGAACGUCACCGAUUCCAUCCACGCCACACAUCACCACUAAAGUCACUGCAACGGCGAACAUCAAGGUCGAAGUUCAUACACCGUUAACUAGUGGAAUGGAUCGUAGUGAAAAAUGUCGGCACUCGGGCAGCAAUAGUCGAAGGGGCUCGCGCUGCAAUGCGAACGUUAAUAAUGGGGAGUCUUCCAGUUCCAGUUCUGAGACUCUGCCAGAUCCAGAAUUUAACGCAAAACAUUAAUAACAAGUACCGGGGGGACCGGCAGCUACUGCUCAAGUACCACGCAAAGCGGGAAAACAUAGAAGGCUGACUAGGAUAGAUUAAUAGAGUUUUCAUUAUUUCUUCCUGUUUUUCUCCUCUUUCCUGUUUUCCCCCUCCCCUCGUCCUUACUUAGCUCCUUGUUCUUUUAUUCCACCUUUUUUCUCCACCAAAUGAGUGAUGCAACAUGGGUUGUUUUUACUCGAACUUUUAAAGCAAAUUAUAACAAGAAAAAUUGCAUCUUUAUAAUAUAUUACAUAUGAAUACUUUUGAAAACAAUUUCGUUAUAUAUUUAAUACUUUGUGUUUUAUGCAACAAACUUUUUAAAGUUUUAUAUAAACUUUCUCUCCGUAAGGGUCAAUAUUGAAUUACUUAAUUGGAAUUUGUUAUUAAGAGCAUACAUUUAUUUUUAUGCGUAUAUUAAUGUGUAAAUUAUUCCGACGUUUUAAGUGAAUUGUUAAACUUUUUUAUAACCAAAAUGAUGUAAAAAAAAAGAAACAAAAACAGGAUGCUAUUCAACUUCAACGGUGUACCGAAUGUGUGUAAGAGUAUUACCAAGGAUAAUAAUGCGUACAACUUAAUAAAUCAAUAUAUAUUAUAUUAUUUUAGAUAAAUAUUAUCUAAAAUGUAUAUUUUAGAUAAAUUUAUUUAAUUAGUGACUUGCGACGUCACAAGAGUAGUUUGUACUACUAGCAAGCACAUUGUAUGAUUUGUACUCUUUCGAGAGGGAGAGGGAAGACAAUACAUGCCAGUGUGCCUUUGUUUAUCAGAGAUUGACACUAUUGCGUUUGUGUCGGUAAACAUAUUCGUAAUAUUUGCGUAAUGCAUAACGGGAGAAAGCAUUUACUAUGCUGUAUAUAUACAUAAUUGUUAUUUAAUUAGAAAGUUAAAGAUUUUAGCUGUCAUUAGGACAUGAUGUUUUUCAAAUGUAAUCGUGAAAUUUCACGAAAACGGCGCUUUUUUGUGUGACAAAAGCGACAAAAUUUUCAGAUUUUACUAUUUAUUUUUUUUACAUUAAUCAUAUAUAACGCGCAGUGUGUAUGUAUGUGACUAUGAGCGAUUACGAUACUGAAUCUCUGAGAUCUAUUUAUUAUUUAUUUUAAUAGUAUUCCUCGGCGUUUCUGCGGGUGUGUGUGCGCGAGCGCAAUAUUUUUUACGCACAAAUAUAUGAUGACUUGUAAAAAUAAUUAUUUAUAUCGGACUAUACGAGAAUACUUUCAUUGUCUACGACAAUAACGGUACUUAAUUUAAUGGAAUAUAUAUUCCUAUUCUGAUAUUCAUACCUUUAAUGUGUAUAAAAUUGUAAUAUAUAGUAUCAGUGAAAUCAAUAAUCACUGUGGCACGCAUUGUUACGAAAUGUUACUCGUGAAAUUAUGUACAAUAUAAGCGAGAAGUAUUCCUUAUGCCAAGUCAAUUUUGUAUACAUAUGCGAGACUCGAAGUGUGUAUUUAAAGAGACGAAAAACGUCCUGCGAGAUGAUUUUUAUAUUUUGUAUAAAGUACAUGUUGUAUAAGCGGAUGGGAAAAAUAGUCAAUAUACCUCUAAUAUACGUAUAAAUUGUA